AUGUUCUUUAGAAGAGGUGGAUAUGGACGAGGGAGCAACGCAUACCAGUCAAGAAACAACGAUGUUCAGAUUCAACAGGGGCAGGCGGCGAGGUAUAACAAUAGCGAUGUUGUAAGUACUGGUACCCCAACCCCCAGGGCUUUCAACUCGCCUGCUCAAAAGAACAGUCAGUUGUAUAUGGGGGAUCUCGAUCCUUUCUGGGAUGAAAAUACAGUCAGACAGAUAUGGGCAAGCUUGGGAGAAGCCAGUGUCGACAUCAAGAUUAUGUGGAAUAAUGAUAAUGGCGGGAUGCACAAAAUGGGCCAAAAAAAGAAUCUGGGCUAUUGCUUCGUUGAGUUUCCAUCAUAUUCGCAUGCCUCUAACGCACUUCUGAAAAAUGGUAUAGCCAUUCCAGGGUUUCCAUCUAGGAGUUUGAAGUUGAAUUGGGCAUUAUCCAGUUCGGCAUCCUCUGGGCCAUUUUCAGCGUCAGCUCAAGAAAUGUCGGUAUUCGUGGGUGAUUUAGCGCCUAAUGUUACGGAAUCUGAGCUCUUUGAAUUGUUCAUAUCUCGCUUUCCAUCGACUGCACAUGCCAAGGUUGUUUACGAUCAAAUGACUGGUGUCUCAAGAGGUUACGCAUUUAUUAGGUUUGGUAAUUCUGUCGAUCAAAAACGUGCACUUACCGAAAUGCAGGGUGUCUUUUUGAAUGGCAGAGCUAUUAGAGUGAGUAGUGCUGGCAAUCAGCACCAACAAAACAACAGUGUUAGAGCUGACAAUAGAAUGAAAAGUAACUUCAAUAACCACGCAAAGAAUAAUAAAUCGAAUAAAAUUCCUAUUACUUCUUCACAAUUUAUGUUUCCUGUUCAGCAAGAGCCCCCUUUGACAAGUUUUACGGAUUCUAACAAUACAACCGUAUUUAUCGGAGGUCUGUCCUCAGCAGUAAGAGAAAGUCAUUUAUGGUUAUAUUUUCAGCCGUUCGGUCAGAUCGUAUACGUCAAGAUACCUGUUGGCAAAGGAUGUGGCUUCGUCCAAUAUGUGGACAGAAUCUCGGCAGAACUGGCAAUUACAAAAAUGCAAGGAUUCCCCAUUGGUGAUUCAAGAAUAAGAAUGUCAUGGGGAAGGUCUGCUAAACAGGCUGCGACGCUGGAGAAAGUUGAGUUCUCAAAUCAAAUUCAAACACAGUUGCAUCAGCCGUUGCAACAGCCAACUUAUGCAUACACGCCAUCCACUAACUUCUAUCAAACUAACUGCCUUCAGCUUUCCUCUCAACCUUCCUCGGAGCCAAAUUCCGAUGAUCCAUCUCUCCUGCUUCCUGGCUAUCAGAAUCUGACAUUUUCAGCCUUCCCAAAAAGCUCCUCUGGUUUACAGCUCUCCUAUUUAUACCCCAGCUAUGGCAGUGACUCUUCACCACAGGCAAAUUCGCACCUAUUGGGUGCUGAUGUGGCCGAAACUAUUACUAUGCCACAUAUUCUAGUUGAUGAUGAAAUUGCCUUCGUGCGAGGUAAAUCAGACAGUUUGAAUAGGUUAGAAAAUGGAAGUAAUGGAUUUGUUCUGGCCUAG